CUGGUGGGAGGAGAGUUUGACAUUGAGACAAACUUCAUCAUCCAGGAGCCACAGAAUAUUCUUCAUAUGUUACGCGUCUUCUCCAGUUGUACUGUAACACUACAGGCUGAAAUAUGGAGUGUUUUUACUGCGAUGUUAAAGAAGAGUCGUCGGAACUUACAAGCGUGUACAGAGGUGGGGCUGAUAGAACAUGCUCUUAAUCUGAUGAAGGAUGUGGACGAUGUCAUAGCAGAUCUUCUGGUGGACAUGCUGUCUACACUGGCCAGUUACAGCAUCACGGUCCGAGAACUGAAAAUGUUGUUCUCCAUCCUGGAGGCCUCAGAAGGGGAGUGGCAAAGACAUGCCGUGAAGUUAUUGUCGGUCCUACAAGUGAUGCCACAGAGGGAAGGUCCUGAUGAGUUCUUCAGCUUCCCAGGGAAAAAGGGAUCAUUUAUUGCCCUUCCUCCAAUAAAAACCUGGCCAUACCAGAAUGGCUGGACAUUUACAUGCUGGUUACGACUAGACCCAGUUACUGGGGUCACAGUGGAGAGAGAAAAACCCUAUCUAUACUGUUUUAAAACCAACAAAGGGGUUGGAUAUUCUGCCCAUUUCCUUGGAAAUUCCCUGGUCAUCACAACCAUGAAGAUCAAAGGCAAAGGUUUCCAGCACUGUGUCAAAUAUGACUUCCAGCCCAGAAAAUGGUACAUGGUGACGGUGGUACAUGUAUACAAUCGAUGGAGUAAAUCAGAGCUGCGAUGUUACGUUAACGGAGAAAUCGUGUCCAGCACAGACAUUUCCUGGCUCGUCAGCACCAGUGAUCCUUUUGACAAAUGUGUUCUGGGAGCCAGUUCUGAAGGAGAGACAGAUCACAUGUUCUGUGGUCAGAUGUCCACUGUUUAUCUAUUCAGUGAGGCCCUCACACCUCAACAAAUAUCAGCCAUAUUUUAUCUAGGACCAAGUUACAAGAGCCAGUUUCGAUUUGAAAAUGAAAGCGGUUUGGGAACUGUUGUGGUCAACAAAAGACUGCUGUAUGAUGGGAAGUUGACAUCGUUGAUCGUAUUCAUGUAUAACCCUAUAGCAUGUGACGGUCAGCUGUGUCUGGAAUCAGCACCAAAAGGAAAUGUCUCCUACUUUGUCCAUGUUCAGCAUGCUCUCAUGUCUGGGGAUGUAAAGGCUGUGAUAACACAUUCCAUCUACAGUACUCUUCAUUCACUUGGAGGAAUCCAGGUUGUGUUUCCAUUGUUUGGUCAAUUAGACAUGCCAGUUAGAAAGGGAGAGAACUCAUCUAGUGAAGUGGAUUACACUAUUUGUUCAAAGUUGAUGCACAUUGUCAGCAGUUUGAUGGAGAGCUCUGUCACCAUACAACAACAGAUGAUGCAGAAUCAGGGCUUCCUGGUCAUAGGGUAUCUGCUGGAGAAGCUUCUGACAGAAAGAAUGACAUUGGAGACCUGCACACAAAAACACACAGAACCAGAUUCAAACAUCAAAAUUGAAAAUUCUGCUAUUCUGAAGGUGGUGGCGACCAUGAUCCGGCAGUCCAAGCUUAGUCCUGUAGUUAUGGAGGUCAAACGCUGCUUCCUGUCUGAUCUGACCAUACUGUGUAACAACAACAGGGAUAACAGAAGGACUGUGCUGCAGAUGUCAGUGUGGCAGGACUGGCUGUUCACUCUAGCGUACAUCUACCCCCGUAAUGAAGAGGAACAGAAGAUUACAGACAUGGUGAUGGCGUUGUUUAGGAUGCUCCUACAUCACGCUAUCAAGUUUGAGUUUGGGGGAUGGAGAGUUUGGAUUGAUACCUUAGCUAUUCUGCACUCAAAGGUUGCCUAUGAAGAUUUCAAAAUUCACAUGUCCAAGAUGUACGACCAUUAUGUCAAGGUGAAAGCUGAUGAUGUUGACCCCCAAGAACGAGAUCAGCACCCUGUCAGUACAGUGUCAGGUGUAUCAGACAGAGUCCUCAAUAAACCAGUACCAAAAAGUACCGUCAAAGUGACAGAAAUACCAGAGGAGAGUGAAGAAACGGAGGACUCCAAUGUGAACAAUGCUGGCAAACUGACCAAUGGUGAAGUGGCAGAACCCAGUGAGGGGGAUCCAAACAGUGAAGUCAAACAAUUCCUGGAGGACGUGAUUAAUGAUGUCGUCCAGAAGGUGGAGUCCAAGAAACCACAGGCGGAGGCCAGGGAGCCACCACAACAGGAAGUGGUGGAGCAAGAGUCGUCCGAGGGUCGACCAACGGUCAGAAGGUCUGCAUCACUCGACAGACCCCGACCAGCGGAGACCAAGAAAUACCCCACCCGCUCACAGUCAUUUAGGGAGGGGGGAACUAAAAUGUUCAGUACAGGCCCCCGUGCCCCUCCCUUUAGAAUCCCAGAAUUCAGAUGGUCAGCUUUACACCAAAAACUUCUGUCUGAUCUUUUGUUCUCUAUAGAAACUGAUGUACAAGUCUGGAAAAGCCAUAGUUCUCGGACAGUGAUAGACUUUGUAAAUGCCAGUGAGAACCAUGUGUAUGUAGUGAAUGUCACUCACAUGAUUUCCCAGCUGGCUGACAACCUGAUAACGUCAUGUGGAGGGUUACUUCCCCUGCUGGCUGCUGCCACAUCACCAAGUGGAGAGGUGGAGAUUUUGGAGCCAACCCAGGGCCUGAGUAUUGAGCAGGCUGUCUCUAUCCUUCAGAGGAUCAUGAAUCUGACUGAUGUACUCAUAUUUGCCAGCUCCACUAAUUUUGCCGAGUUGGAACAAGAAAAGAACAUGCCUGCUGGUGGCAUCUUGAGGCAGUGUCUAAGACUCGUAUGUACCUCAGCGGUGAGGAACUGCCUGGAAUGUCGUCACCGAUCCCAUCUUAGAUCCCCUCCCGGUACUCCCACUGCAUCCCCCUCUAGUAGUACCAGAGGAUCCAGGAGCUUUAACGGGAUGGACCCCAUACAGGCUCUUAUCAUGGCCUCACACCCAACAGAAAAGAAUAUUGUUGAGAAUCUGAAUGAGCAGGCUUCUCCCAUCAAGGACUUUGAUAAGCUGUUACAGGAUACAGACAUUAAUAGACUGAGAGCUGUCGUCUAUAGAGAUGUGGAGGAGACAAAACAAGCCCAGUUCUUGGCCCUGGCAAUUGUGUACUUCACCUCAGUGCUGAUGGUGUCUAAGUACAGGGACAUCUUGGAACCCCCCAGCCCAGCUGCCACCCCAACCUCCCACAGAAUGUCUAUCAACUCCCCUUCAGCUUCAGCCAUUUUACAAAACCUAAGGCCACUUUUGGAAGGAAAUCAAAAUGGAGAAAAUAAAUUGGGGCUACAAAUGAGCAAGUCGGAUCAAGAAGCAAACGGAGCUAGGUUAAAUGAGGAAGAAGAAGACUCAGGGGAAGAUUUGCCUCCAGAACACAAACCUCUAGACAAGGCUAUGGUUGAGGCAAUUGUAACAGAAGAUGAUGGGGGAGGAAGUGUGCUGGCCGAAAUGUUGAGUGGCAGUCGGAGUUCUUAUGAUGAGAUUCAGGAAGAUCCAAACACCCAGACGACCGAGACUGAGUCAGACUCGCUCACCCAGACAAAUACCGAGACCGAGUCUGUUGAGAAUGAGGCUCACGAGGGGAAGAAAGAUGAGGAGUUUGAUAGUGGAGACGUUACCAGUGAUGGAGACAUAUCAAGGGAGGUAAUCGAUGGAGAAGAGGCAUCAGCCAACCAAAGCAUGGAGGAAUCCCCCAAAAUGAAGAUCAAAGCUGACAUCAACAUUACAGACACAACAGAUGAGGAUUCAGCUACAAGGUCAGCUACAGGAAGUGAAGACCUUGACAAAAGUGCAGACUCAGCACAGCUGGAGGAAGAGGAAGGAAGUGAGGAAGCAGGGAAGGAAACUCCCAAACAAGAAACAAAACAGGAGGAGCCAGAGGAGGAAGAGGCAAAGGAGGAGGAUAAUGUUGAAGAAGAACAAGCCAAGCAAGCAGAGGAAAAGGUGGACAAUGAAGAGAAAGAGGAAAAGGAGGAAGGUGUAGAGGAAGGAAAGGAGGAAGCUGAGGGUCAAGAAGAGGAAGGUGCUAAAGAGAAAGAGGAGGAAGAGAAGGAAGCUGCAGGAACAUCAGAGGAAACAACACAGGAGGAAACACAACAAAAGGAAACAGAUGAAGUAAAUGAAGAAAAACCAAGCACACCAAAGGAAAAUGGGGAGGUUCAAGAAAAUCAUGCUGAAGAAAAACUGCCUCAGGAACCACCAUCAGAACCACCGACUGGUGCUGACGUCCACGGAGACCACAAAGAAGAUGAGGGCAAGAAAGCUGAAGCCAAUAAACCUAUCCAUGCCAUAUCUGUCACUAACAAGGAUGACAGGCCUAAACUGGAGAAACUGCAGAUGCCCAACAAGAUUCACGACACUCUGGCCAACCUGCCUGCUGUGGUGGGGGAACCUACGGGGUCCCUCACGGAGAGGCUGGAGAAAGCCCUGGGGUCAGUCUCACCCCUGCUCAGGGAAAUCUUUGUGGAUUUUGCUCCAUUCUUGUCCAAGACAUUAAUUGGCUCUCAUGGGCAAGAACUACUUAUAGGAGGUUUGGUGACUUUGAAACAAAGUACAUCAGUGGUAGAACUAGUCAUGUUGCUCUGUUCCCAGGAAUGGCAGAAUUCAUUACAGAAGCAUGCUGGACUGGCGUUCAUAGAACUUGUCAAUGAAGGAAGGUUACUUGCUCAUGCAACCAGAGACCACAUUGUAAGGGUGGCAAAUGAAGCCGAGUUUAUUCUGAACAGAAUGAGGGCAGAAGACGUACAGAAACAUGCAGAGUUUGAGUCCCUUUGUGCUCAAACCAUGCUGGACCGCAAAGAAGAGGAAAAAAUGUGUGACCAUCUCAUUAAAGCAGCCAAACGACGAGACCACACAGUAGCCAUUAAAACCAGAGACAAAAUACUCAACAUUCUCACCAACAAACACGGGGCCUGGGGCAAGCCCGAGACUGAACAUGACACUGAUUUCUGGCGAUUAGACAUUUGGGAGGACGAUUCCAGACGGAGGCGGAGAUUGAUUAAGAAUCCGUAUGGAUCCACACAUCCAGAGGCCACACUGAAGGCAGCCUUAGAACAUGGAGAGGAAGAAGAUGCCAUUAACCAGGCCCGAGAGGCCUUCCAUGCUCACCUGGCCAAGCUCAAGAGAUCACAGAUUCAGCCAGAUUACACUGACGAGGAACUGCUAAUGGAGGAGAGAGACAUGGAACCAGAGUUUGCCGGCCCUGUUGCUAUGUCUACAUCCUGUAAGCUGAUAGCCCCGGGAGCAGCCAUUAAUGGAACCAUGUCCAUCACUAAAACAGAGAUGUACUUUGAGAUGGAUGAAGAGAACGAAGAAAACAAGAAACUUGACCCUAAGGUAUUGACGUAUGUCAGUGUUAUGUACCUGUAUCAGCAGUAGUAAGUAUGGUCAGCUGAUACAGGUGGGCAGUGGUCAGAGUAGGUAUGUAGGUAACAAGAUAUCAGCUGUUCUGAUAAUAGAAAACUGAUAUCAAGGUGUUUUGUACAAGACAUCAUUAUUACAUGAGGUUG